AUGCCUACUAUACUGCCCAAAGAAAUGGAGGGUCAUUUCCCCUCAGUUAUCCCAGGCUUGAUAACUUCUGACGCAGUGUAUGCCUGGGCUAUUGAGGAAGGUGUAAACCCUCGGCGAGCGGUGGUGAUAGAUGGAGUUCACCCACUCGCUCCUGUUUACUUAGCUGCAUGGCCUUUAAGUAUGUUCCCAAGAUUUGUGGGGUACCGAUUCAUAGCCCGUGCCCCUUCAGAGAUUCAGGACACUGUGCGGCUAUUGUGGCAAGUGGAAAAUGAGCUCCCUAAUGAUGGUGAGGGGCCCUCUAUGAUUUUCCCUCAUGGAUUGCCGGAUGGUUGUCCCUGUGUUUAUGCAAGCCUGCCAGCACAGUCCCACAAAAAUGAGAAAACGGUGAUAACCCCUUCUGCUGUGUAUCUGUGGGCUCUUUUAGAGAAAGUGGAGCCGUGUCAGGCCGUUGUAGUUGACGGCAUACCUGAGUGUUGCCCUCCAGAUAGUGUGCAUCACGCUCUUAUGGAUAACCCGUUAUUCGACGGGCUUGAAUAUGUUACUAAAGGGCCUUCCAUGGAAAAAGGAAAGGUCAGGUUCUUAUACUGGGUCCCUGAUGAGCCUUACCAGGAAACUUGGCCCUCCAGAGUGUAUCCCAUAGGCGCCCCUGCAGAAGGUUGCCCGUGUGUUUAUCAGGACUAUUUUGCACCGCACAUCCUUAGUGGGGCCCGUGCUGCUGCCCUUUGUAACCCGCCUUCUGAAGAUGAAGAGAGUGUCAGGGUUACUGGGUCCCUUGACAGAGUAGAUUACCCGGAGGAGUCUGGGGUCCCCACUGACGUACUACCGCCUGAGCCGGAGGGCCCGGUAGAAUCAAGGGAGUGUACGGGACUAAUUGAAUCUACUCAUAGAGGGGACUGUUCAACUGAGGAGGCCUUUGCUACUGAGCGGCCGUGUGAGCCAGAGAGCCCAGUAGUGCUGUUGCUAGAAGAAAGCCCUCCAAUAAUUGCAAUUUCCCUCGCUCUCAGUGAUAAGGGAGAUGCGAGUGAUGUAGUGGCCGUGCCCCAGGAAGAGUCUGGGCCUAGUGCUAAUGUGUCCCCAAGUUUGGAAGUGGAUUCAAAUAUUACUUUAUUAACGACGGAGUUGUGUGCUGUGAAUUUGGACAACUCUCCUGCCAUAGAAGUGGCCUGUGUUAAUGUGAUGCCCGAAUGUGCCCCUGUGGAGAAUGAUCCACCAGGGGGAGCUUCCGAAGAAGUUACUGCUGUGGAAAUUUGUACUGCGUCACAUUCCCCCUCAAUACCCUGCUCAGUGAGGGUUAAGUUGAGGAGCGCGCGAAAGAGACAAAGGAGGCGUGUCAGACCAAACAGAGGAGGUGCCUCUAGGGUCAUGGCGUGGCGUCCCAGUGUAGAAGACAGUACCGCAGCCAUUUUGUAUCUUGCUUCAACCCUGCUGGAGUUAGCGGAUGCGAGAAGGCAGAUGGCGGAGCCUGUUGUUGAACCGGAGGUUCAAGUGCUUGAAGAAAAGCCAGUGCCGUGCGCUCCUACUCUUGCGGAGCAUGAGCGGCAGUAUGUGUAUCAAGGGACUUUCUCACCCAGUGCCCGGGGAAUGGUUCCAGUAUGCGGCCUAUGUGACCUGGAAGCACCAAACGCCCUAGAGGAUCCCGGUGGAGCCUGCGUGCAAUGCGGCUCUCAACUAUGGAUGGGACCUUUUGUUCGGGCAGAUCUGCCUCCAUUGGUGGGGAUGACCAAGGAUGAGGUGAGCGGCAACUCUAUACUAAAUUAUGAAGAGAUAGAGGAGGCCCCGGGGGUGUCAGCGGCUGCGGCUCCCGCACCGGAAUCCCAUGUACCUAUUCCCCAUAGUGAGGCCUGCUGUAACGAGGAAUGUGCAUUCCCCUCUAAAGUGGCUUCGAUUGAAGGU